AUGCUCCGGAGCGUCGACGGCUGCGAGCCCUGCUUCGGCGGCCACUACUGCGAGACCGACGGCCUCGGCUGGCCCACGGGCGAGUGCGCGGGCGGGUAUUAUUGCGGCCUCGGCGCGAACGUCGCGACGCCCGACGAGAAGCAGCUCGCGACGAGCAUCUACCAGGGCGAGACCUGCGCGGACCAGUCCACGGAGGACGACGCGAACGGCGUCUGCCCCCGCGGCCACUACUGCCCCGAGGGGUCGACGUCGCCGACCGCGUGCCCGCCCGGGACGCAGAACGGCGCGCUCGGACGCUUCAACCUCUCGCACUGCGAGCCCUGCGAGGCGUCGUUCUACUGCCCGGACUCGGGCACGAUCGACGCGACGAUCCCCUGCGAGCCGGGGUUCUAUUGCCCGGGCGGCGACGUGCAGCCGACCUUGUUGUGCACGGAGGGCCACUACUGCGCGGGCGGCGACGCGGACCCGGAGCCGUGCGCGCCCGGCACGUUCGCGAACGUCACGGGCGCGUCCGAAUGCGCGGCGUGCCCCAUUUCGCAUUACUGCGAGCUCGCGACGGUGACGCCCCAGUGGUGCCCGAAGGGCUUCUACUGUCCGCUGCACACGCAGUACGGCUCGCAGCACCCGUGCCCGAACGGGACCUUCACCAACAGGACGCGGCUGGCCCACGAGGCCGACUGCGAGCCCUGUUCGCCGGGCCACUACUGCGGCGCGCCGGGCCUGCCGGAGCCCCAGGGGCCCUGCGAGGCGGGCUUCUACUGCGCGCUGGGGUCGGCGACGGCGACGCCCGGCGACGGCGACAAGGCGCGCGGCCUGCACAACGUCACCGAGUGUCGGCCGUGCACGGCGGGCUACGUCUGCCCCGAAUCGGGCACGAUCAACGCGACGAUCCCCUGCCCCGCCAAUUUCUCCUGCCCCGGGGGCGACAUCGUCGCCACCGUCACCUGCCCGGAGGGCCACUACUGCGCGGGCGGCGACGCUGCGCCCGCGCCGUGCGAACCGGGCACGUACCAGAACGCGACGGCCCAGGACUCGUGCCUGGAUUGCCCCGCAGGGUUCUACUGCGAGCAGGCCACGGCUGUCCCCCAGAUCUGCCCCAGGGGCUACGCGUGCCCGGCGAAGACGGAGUACGCGACGGCGUUUCCCUGCCCGGACGGUUCGUUCGGCAACGGGACCAUGCUGAACGGCACCGAUCAAUGCGAGGCGUGCACGCCGGGGCUCUACUGCAACGAGACGGGUUUGGCGGCGCCCGUGGGCCCCUGCGCGGCGGGCUACUACUGCGCG